GCAGCAGCGGCGCGCCGGGAGAACGCAGGGGAUUCGGGCGCGGGCCAGGCGAGCAGUUCUUUCCCUGUCCAUGUCGGUGCCGAGUGACGGCCCGCCGAUUUGCCCCGGUGACGCUAGACCACCUUGUGGAGGCGGAGCUGAGGGCGCUGCCGCCGCCGCCGCCGCCGCCUCCUCCCCCUCCCCCGCCCCUUCUCCUCUCCUCCCCUCCCUGCUCCCCCCUCCCUCCCCGCACAUAAGCGGUAGGCAGCGCCCAGACGGCCGGCACAGCCCGGCCGCAAUGGAGACUGCCGUGCAUGUCCCGAGCGGCGCCCCUGCCGUGCCCAAGCUCGCCGUCUACGUGGACGAGAACGACGUGGUGCCCGGGGCCCUGCGGCUGGUGGGUCGGCUGAGACCCCACUGGGACAUCCAGCGGGUGAAGACCAAGUUAUUUACAGAUGGAAUCACAAACAAACUAGUUGGCUGCUAUGUGGGGAACAGUAUGGAAGAUGUUGUCCUGGUGAGAGUUUACGGGAACAAGACUGAGCUGUUUGUGGAUCGGGACAACGAACUGAAGAGCUUUCAGGUCCUACAUGCCAAUGGUUGUGCCCCAAAGCUCUACUGCACCUUCCAGAACGGCCUCUGUUAUGAGUUCAUGCAUGGAAUAGCACUAGGUCCACAGCAUGUGCGAGAACCAGCCCUGUUCAGGCUCAUAGCAACUGAACUGGCAAGGAUUCAUUCUAUUCAUGCCCACAAUGGCUGCAUUCCUAAACCCAACCUCUGGGUGAAAAUGCACAAGUACAUGGCUCUUGUCUCCACUGAGUUCACACCAGAAGCCAAAAACACCAGGAUUCAGCAAGAAGUGCCACCUUUGCAGACGUUGGAGAGGGAAAUGACGUGGAUGAAGCAGUACCUGUCGGAGCUGAACUCUCCCACAGUACUUUGCCACAAUGAUCUUCUUUGCAAGAAUAUCAUCUACAAUGAAAAGGAAGGUUGGGUGAAGUUUAUUGACUACGAGUAUUCCAGCUAUAAUUACCAGGCUUUCGAUAUUGGAAAUCACUUCAAUGAAUUUGCAGGGGUGAAUGAGGUAGACUACUCUUUGUACCCAGAUGAGUCCUUGCAGAUGCAGUGGCUGAGAACCUACUUGGAAGCGUGUAAACAAUUUACCAAGAAGGGAGGCGAGGUAACUGACAAUGAAGUACACACCCUUUAUGUCCAAGUCAACAAAUUCUCCUUGGCAUCUCAUUUCUUCUGGGGGUUCUGGGCAUUGAUUCAAGCAAAGUAUUCCACAAUAGACUUCGAUUUCUUAGGGUACAGUGUCCUGAGGUUUAACCAGUACUUCAAGAUGAAGCCUUGUGUCACUGCUCUUCAGACUCCGGUGUGAGAUAGGGUGAAAUCGUGUUCCAUUGCCAUGGUGCACAAUCACCCCUUGGCGGUCCUAUCAGUAUACAACCUCACUUCCUCUUCAAUUUAUUGAGCCUAAUCCCUGCAGUUUGAGAUUGCAAACUAGACCCCACCCCCAGGUUCUUGACCUGUGCUCACUAUGGGCACGGCCCUGGAGAAUUAGCCAAGUGGUCUGUUAGCCAGAGUCUUGGCUUCUCUUAGUUUGAGUGUUACUGUGAGCCUGGGGUCGAAGACGAAAGCAGUCCUUCUGAGCCCUAGUCCUUUUUUUUUCUCCAUUGCAUCCCUGUCAUGGCCCCCAUAAAAUUCCAGAGUUUAAUCACAUUCCAGAUCUUGUUUGCUCUCAAUGGGGACCAAAUUGAGGAGUAAUCUGAAAAUGUGGCAGUGGGUGGAGGGGGGGGGGUAUGGUGGACAGUGUGGAGGGGUGGUGAUGUUUUUGAUCAUUGACUAUUUCGAGGAACAUUGGUUAUUGAGCCUUUGCCACCCUCAUCACAGGGAGGUUUAGACUGACACCAACAUCAGCAGCUCCAGGGCUGGCAGGAAUCUCUGAAGUUGCUUCAGAAGUAACCCCUGACACCAGGCAUGAGGGGGUCAGUAAAUCGGUUGUAGUUUUUAUUAAUAGUGUGUGAGAACAAGCGGGCGUGAGAUUUGAAGCUCGGGCAGUGUGUGCACUAUCCUGUCCAGCUCCCUAGCACUGGGUGGGGUUGACUGAAAGUGAAGAGGGUCGGUGGCCUCCUCACUUACGUGACGCAUGUGACCUGUAGAUGCAGAGCAUGUACACAGAGAUGGCCAGCUGCUGGAGGGUGGGUGGGGGUUGGGGGGGAGGCACAUGUUUGGCUAAAACUGUAUACACUCAAACUGCUAUGUAAUGAUGAUUGUGUCCUGAGAUGGCAGCUCUUUUAGACCGUUUUGGUUUCUAGCAGAGUUGGAGACUGGAGGGGCAAAAGACAAAGGCUAUUGAGCUGAAACUUUCUUUCCCUCGCUCAACUACACUGCACACAUGAGGUGAUACAUGGUGGUCAAUUAACUUACCAACCCACAAGUAGAAGGAAGCCCAUGUAGUCACAGAAAGGAUAUGUAAAUCCCUCUGAGGUCUGGAAUGACCCUGGGUCCCUGGGAGGAGACCCAUGUAGUCAUAGUAAGCUCAAUGCAGUUGCUGAGUCUCUCUGCCACACUAAAGCAGUUGCUGCCUGACCAGCUGAGUCCAUCCAGGAUCUUCUCUUAUUUCAGUGGUGACAGGUUGAGGGGUGUCCUUCGCAGUACCCACUGCUUCUGCUCUAAAACUUGUACCAUCUCACUGCUCACUCUCUCAUCAACAGACUUUCACAAAACACCAGUGGGAAAUAUGUGUUGUCACGCACACAAAAUGCUGGAGGAACUCAGUGGGUCAGGCAGUAUCUAGGGAGAGGAUUAAACAGUCAGUGUUAUGGGCGGAGACUCUUCAGUCCGGAUCGAUUCCUCUCCAUAGAUGCUGCUUGAUCUGCUUGAGUUCCUUCAGCAUUGUGUGUGUGUCUGUGUCUGUGUUACCUGGGAUUUGCAGAAUCUUCCAAUUACAAUGUUAGUUACCUCACAAUGUGCAUUUCAGAAUCAGAUUUAUUAUCACUGUCUUACAUGCCAUUUAAAAAAAAAUUGUUUUGCAGUGCAAAGACAGACAUUUCUGAUCAAUCUGCAACUUCCCUAUAGUAUUACACAGCGUUUGUAGUUUAGCCAGCUGUAGCCCGAAGCUGAACUAUCCUGCUACUCCGAAUAGAUGGAAAGCUUGUAUUGCUGUUAUUUGGAUGAAUGACCCCUCACUGAAGUUAUUUGAAUAUUUGCAGUGGGGGGAGGAAGUAUUUUCUCAACUCUUCAGGAUGAUUGUAACCUUGGCUUGGCUACAGUAGUCAGAGGUGUGGCAUUUGAGUGAUACAUUAGAAAGUUUCCCAAAUCAUCAUACAUUUUGAGCUGCUGUGUUGUGAUGCUUUCAGGCAAAGUCUACAUGCUGCACUUGCAUGCAUUUGUGAUGCCCAGUGUGACCACUUGCUUAACACCAGAAUUCCAGUGACUUUACCAUUUCAUACUGUCAUGAAUAUCUACUGACCCAUCUGUCAACUCACUUCACGCCUUCUCCUUCAUUAACAAAAUCAGCUUCAUAGAACUAUUUGAAGAGGGUCUUGGGUGACAACUUUAUACAUUGGAUCGCCCAUGUAAUAGAAGCAAUUUCCAUCAGCAUUAGAUAGCCCUGCAGUGACAGUACAGCUUCAUAUCACAAUCCUCUCUGUUCUGGUUGUAAAUGAUAGUAGACAAAUAUGGUCCCUUUUUAAUAUUAAGAAAAACAUUUUUGUUUGUGAAGUUAGGCAGGGGUGAGGGAGCGCUGAACUGGCCAUUAUCAUCCAAAGGCAGCCUGACUGAACAGAACAAAUUGUCAAGGAAAGGAGCCCACUCGGGUCAUGCCCUUGUUUUCCUCAAUUAGCUCUUGCCCCUUUCCAAGCACAACAGAAUGACCAAGGAGAUCGUGAAGAGGAGCAGGAACAUAAAUGGGUCUGUCUACAUUUAAGGCAAUUGUGGUUACUACCACCUUCCUUCCUCUUGCCAUCACCCCCCACCCCAGCCCUGAGCUACUCUGCUUCUAAUGCCCAUCAGCCAUCUCCGUUACUUUCAGCUCAUCUCAAUAUGUGUCCAAUUCCUAACCCAGAAGCUAAGUGUAGAGAUGUCUUUCAAACUGAUUACUGGAAUGCAGGUCUGCUGUACAUUUUGUAAUUACAAUGCUGCAGUUUUUGUUGUUGUAAUGCCUGUUUAUAAACUAGUAAACAAUAUUUAUCAGUGUGUAUACUUUGUCUACUUUUAGACUGAGUGGAAAUUUUGUUUUUCUUUUAGUGUCUGAUUAAUGAAGGGUGCACUUAACCUGUGAAGCACUGAAUCCAAGAUUCUCUUUUUUUUUUAAAAAAAAGAUUUGAUUUAAUGUGAUUCCAGCUACUGGUUGGUGGACUGGAGGUUCCUUUAUUCAGGAGGGUCGCCUUUUCUUGUAUCAAGCAGAUUCCAGAGUAGGGAAGAUGUGGGUCAGUAACAGAGAGAACAAGAAAUCUAUGUUUCGUCUAGCUGUUCAUAAACUUAUGAUGGUGAAGGAUCUGAUAACUAAAAGAGAGCACCAAAACUUUCAGAUCUUAAACCUGAGGAACUUUAGCCACAGUGGACUGGCUUGUGAAUUCUAAUCAAGCUGUGAUCAGUUUUACUAAACUAUGCGCACAAAUAAUAUGUUGAUCGGAUUUUGUUAGACUAAAUCUUUGCUAUUGGUUGAUCAUAACUAUUCAUGUGGCCACAUGAUGCUGGGGGGUGGGGGGAGCUGACUGCUGCCUCGAGUGCAAGAUGACCCUGGAUAAAAGUGGCGGCAAAAAAGAUCUAAGACUUGAUGAAUUUGUCUACCUCCUGUGGAAUUCAACUGUUUUGAGGUUACUGCUAAUAACCGUGUAAAUAAAAUAAUCAGU